UAGUUUACAUUUAGACAUGUCGAACAAAUUCGACGGCUUCAGUCAGGAUGAGAUAAAGAAAGUUUCUGGAGGUUCUACUAACAGAAGUAAUCAAGGCCAGCAAAUAGCGGAUACCAUAAAGCCAGCAUUUCGUGGACAGCAUGGAGGUAUAAGACGCAUGCCUGAGAAGUGGUCAAGAUCGGUUGAACCUCAAAGAAAAGAAAGCAAGGGUUCUCAAUCAUCAAGAUCCGUAUCUACGGGCAUACUAAGCAAUAAAUCUGAAAAAAUUACUGGAAAAGAAAUUGAUACAUUGGAGGACAUCAACCUUGACGGCAGCAUGUCUAAGUCAAUUGAGGAGGCGCUCUUCUUCCAACCCAUGUGCAAGCUAGCUGUAAAGCCAAACGAUGCGAAAAACGUUAAUACCACAGAAUUAAAUGAAUCUUCAAUUUUAAAACUGCCAACCGGAGAUAAUAAUGUAUCUUCCACAUCUACAAACGAAGCAAACGACUCUUCAAUACUUCCAACAUCACAAGAGUCAAAAGCAUCAACUCCCACUGUGGACUUAUUGAACACUGAUUCACCCUUUAAAGGAAUGUCUCUGAGGGAAUUUGAAUCACAACGCAAAUUGAUUGAGGAACAAAAUAAACAGAAAAAGGAACUACUACAUAAAGCCAUAGAAUUACAUUCACAAAAAACGGCUGCGGAGACACGGAAAAUUGCUGAAAUCAAAGAGGAACUGGCCAAAUUGGACAAUGACCUAGCGCUUGACGUGUCAAUACUACGAAAGCAAAUUGAUAAUGCUUGUAUUUAUUUUUCGCAAGUCGAGAAACAGUACAUCAAAAUAGAGGCUCAAUUCUUAAAAGCAAAAAUAGAUUUGCAUAAUGCGGCGGAGAAAAAGGAGUUGCUCACCGAACACUUAUGUACGGUAAUUGCUCACAAUGAGGAUCGCAAAGCACAAAAGCUCUCGGAACUUAUGCAGAAAGUAGGAUUAACAGAGACGGGGGACAUAGUGACGCAAUAUGCAAUAAAUGGUGAAAAUCAUGAAAAUCAAGAGCAUUAAAACUAUAAAACAUUCUAACAUAUUUUACACUUAACUAUCUCAAAUUUAACAAAUAUGAACAAUAAUUAUAAUUAUUUACUUGUAUAAAUAUGUAUAAUCAAAUAACUCACAAGUUUAAGUUUAAAUAUCAUAUUUCGUGUUGAACAAAAUGUAAGCAAUAUAUUAUCUAUAAUUAGAUGUAUUUAAACUAAAAGCUGUUAUGUAUUUAUUAAAGUUGGAUUUUUUUCCGUACUAAAUUAUUCCAAAU